CGCGUCACUUCCGGCGGAGCGGAGGAGGAGGGAGAGUGAGGGAAAGGCUGGAAAACGAGCCUGCAGGAUGUUUCCUCAGUGAGAAGAACGCUAUUGCACAAUGGCAGUUUUUGAUACUCCUGAGGAGGCCUUUGGUGCCUUACGUCCAGUCUGUGUUCAGCUCACAAAGACCCAGACAGUAGAGAACGUGGAACAUCUGCAGACUCGAUUACAAGCUGUGAGUGACACUGCCCUUCAGGAGCUCCAGCAGUACAUCCUCUUCCCUUUGCGAUUUACCCUGAAGACCCCAGGUCCCAAAAGAGAGCGCUUGAUCCAGAGUGUGGUCGAAUGCCUCACAUUUGUCCUCUCUUCAACAUGUGUGAAAGAACAAGAGCUUCUCCAGGAACUCUUUUCGGAACUCUCAGCUUGUCUGUAUUCACCCAACUCCCAAAAACCCGCAGCUGUGUCAGAGGAGUUGAAAUUGGCUGUGAUCCAAGGACUCAGCACAUUAAUGCACUCGGCUUACGGGGACAUCAUUCUGACUUUUUAUGAGCCCUCCAUUCUGCCGCGUUUAGGAUUUGCUGUAUCUUUACUGUUAGGCCUAGCAGAACAGGAGAAAUCAAAGCAAAUUAAAAUUGCUGCCUUAAAAUGUUUACAGGUUCUACUCUUUCAGUGUGAUUGUCAAGACCAUCCAAGGUCCUUGGAUGAGCUUGAACAACAGCAGCUGGGGAAUUUGUUUGCUUCUUUUUUACCCGGAGUCUCAACUGCACUGACCAGGGUUAUCACAGGAGACUUUAAACAAGGUCACAGCAUUGUUGUAUCUUCCCUAAAGAUCUUUUACAAGACAGUGAGCUUCAUUAUGGCUGACGAACAGCUCAAAAGAAUCUCAAAGGUCCAAGAAAAGCCUGCAGUUGAGCACAGAGUAGCAGAGCUGAUGGUUCACAGAGAAGCAGAUUGGGUAAAAAAUACUGGUGACAAGUUGACUAUCCUUAUUAAAAAGAUAAUUGAGUGUGUUUCGGUUCACCCGCACUGGAAGGUGAGGCUGGAAUUGGUAGGACUUGUGGAGGACCUUCUUUUGAGGUGCAGUCAGUCACUGGUUGAAUCUGCUGGUCCCCUUCUGAAGGCUUUGGUGGGGCUAGUAAACGAUGAGAGUCCUGAAGUCCAAGCCCAGUGCAAUAAAGUCCUGAGACAUUUUGCAGAUCAGCAAGUAGUAGUGGGCAACAAAGCCUUCGCUGACAUCUUGUCGGAAAGCCUGCAUUCCCUCGCCACUUCUCUUCCCCGCCUAAUGAACUCUGAAGAUGAUCAGGGCAAAUUCUCUACUCUUUCCUUGUUACUUGGUUAUCUGAAACUCUUGGGCCCAAAGGUAAACUUUGUCCUCAACUCUGUGGCCCACCUCCAACGCCUUUCCAAAGCACUCAUCCAAGUUCUAGAACUAGAUGUGGCUGAUAUCAAGAUUGUGGAAGAGCGGCGUUGGAACUCUGAUGAUCUGAAUACUUCCCCAAAGACCUCAGCUGCACAACCAUGGAACCAAAUGCAGAGGAGAUAUUUCCGCUUCUUCACUGAUGAAAGGAUUUUCUUGCUCUUGAGGCAAGUUUGUCAGCUUCUUGGUUAUUAUGGGAACCUUUAUUUGCUUGUGGAUCACUUUAUGGAACUGUACCACGAAUCUGUGGUUUUCCGGAAACAAGCCGCCAUGAUCCUUAAUGAACUGGUUGCAGGGGCUGCUGGGCUGGAGAUGGAGGAUCUUCAUGAAAAACAUAUUAAAACAAGCCCAGAGGAACUAAGAGAUAUUGUGACAUCUAUACUUGAAGAAUACACGAGUCAAGAAAAUUGGUAUUUGGUUACCUGUAUGGAAGCUGAGGAAGUGGAAGAGGAGCUAAUGAUGAAGGAGUCGGGCCUCAAGGCCAUCACAUCUGGUGCACACACCCACCAAGUUACAUCUUUUCUAGCCUUUUCAAAACCAAGUCCCACUAUUUGCUCCAUGAACAGCAACAUCUGGCAAAUAUGCAUCCAGUUGGAAGGAAUUGGCCAGUUUGCAUAUGCACUAGGAGAAGACUUCCGUUUGCUCUUAAUGUCAGCCCUCUAUCCAGUACUGGAGAAGGCUGGAGACCAAACCCUACUUAUAAGUCAGGUGGCUACCAGCACCAUGGUGGACAUUUGUCAUGCUUGUGGCUACGGCUCCCUGCAGCACCUGAUCAAUCAAAAUUCAGACUAUUUAGUGAAUGGGAUCUCUUUAAAUCUGCGUCAUCUGGCGCAGCACCCUCACACCCCGAAGGUCUUAGAAGUCAUGCUGCGGAACUCAGAUGCUAGCCUGCUUCCUUUGGUGGCAGAUGUGGUUCAAGAUGUCUUGGCCACCCUGGACCAAUUUUACGAUAAGAGAGCUGCCUCCUUUGUCAGUGUUUUGCACGCCCUGCUGGCAGCAUUAGCCCAGUGGUUCCCAGACACAGGUGAUCUCGGGCAACUCCAAGAGCAAAAUGUAGGGGAAGACGGAAGUCAUUUGCACCAAAGACCAGUGACUCUUGAGAAUAGUACCACAGCAGAAGACAUUGAACAGUUUCUGCUGAACUACCUCAAAGAGAAGGAUGUAGCAGAUGGAAAUGUCUCGGAUUUUGAUAAUGAAGAAGAGGAGCAGUCAGCCCCUCCUGAAGUGGACGAGAGUGAUACCCGUCCAGAUGUGGAGCCACCGCUGCCAGUGCAGAUUCAAGUAGCCACAGACGUGAUGGAGCGCUGCAUCCACUUGUUAUCAGAUAAAAACCUGCAAAUCCGCCUGAAGGUCUUGGAUGUGCUGGAUUUGUGCGUGGUAGUUCUGCAGUCCCACAAGAACCAGCUCCUUCCCUUGGCACAUCGGGCCUGGCCCUCGCUCGUGCACCGACUCACACGAGAUGCCCCCCUGGCCGUGCUCAGGGCCUUCAAGGUUUUGUGUACCCUGGGAGGCAGGUGUGGCGACUUUCUACGGAGCCGGUUCUGCAAAGAUGUCCUGCCUAAGCUGGCUGGAUCCUUAGUCACCCAGGCUCCCAUCAGUGCCAGGGCUGGACCAGUUUACUCACACACGCUGGCCUUCAAGUUGCAGCUGGCUGUCUUACAGGGCCUGGGCCCCCUCUGUGAGAGACUGGACCUAGGUGAGGGUGACCUGAAUAAAGUGGCUGAUGCCUGCUUGAUUUACCUCAGCGCCAAACAGCCCGUGAAAUUACAAGAGGCUGCCAGGAGCAGUAGGAUCCCAGCCCAUCAAAGAACCAGGCGGCGCCUUCAAACCCUGGGCGAGUGCAGACUGGUGCAGGCUCAUCCAUUUCAUCCCCAUCAGAGCCCCAACUCCUCUCUUCUCCCACACAUGGGCCUAUUGUAUUUGAACGGCUCAGAAGUGGUCUGUGAGUUCAGCUGAGUCGAAAUUAGUAGCUCAUCCCCUUAAUUGGUACGGGCAGUUUGUUUGAGCUUGGACUGCAAAGCCGUUUCCCCCUUGGAUUGCACUCGGCAUGGAAAUGAGGGCACUUCUAAUAUUUUUCCUUUUGACACUUGAUUAAUAGUUGACAAAUCCAGACCCAGGUAGUUAGCUUUCCUAUUAUCCAUCUUACGACAGGCAUUGCUGCUUUUCCUUUAAAGGCCCAUUGUUCUAAAAAUACACCCAGAUCUGAAGCUGCUCACUGUGCAUAUAUAGGCCUGAUUUCUUGCUAUCAAAGAUAAGAGACAUCUGCCAUGCAGAUUACAAACAGCAUGGGUUGCUGGGUUUCAGAUCUGAAGGCAGAGACCUCUGUGCUACUUAAAUCCAACACUGCCUAUUCUUUCCCUACUUGCUUGGCAUUGUCGUAUCACUGAUAACCUGCUGGCGUCAACCAUUUCACCACCCAGAGGGAGAGCCAGCGUAGGGUGUAUGCGCACAGGUGCCUGCAGGGCUGGAUCGGGGGCAGGAUGUGCUUGGUGACAGAUCCGGCCUGGUGGCUGCACUGCCUGCACAAAGCGGGUUCCAGUUGUCGGCAGCCGUGGCAUUCCACAGGGUAGCCAUUUCGUCACUUUACAGUCAUCUGUCUUAAACACCUCAGAGGCUGGAGUAAAUGUGAUCUCAGUACCAGUAAAGUAGCCAGGGAAAUGGUCUCAAUUGUCUUAUUAUAGGUGUAUAUUUAUUUAAAAAAUUUUCGGGGAGGGGGGGUUCUCUUAUUAUAAGCCAAUUACUAUGGUUGGAGUUGGAGAUUUCAGAAAUGAAUACCAAGUUAGAGUUGGCCUUGGGCAGAUUGAUGUACUUCUCGAAGCAUCUGUUUUCUGAUCUACAAGACUGAAAUAAGCAUAUCUAUUAUUUUCCACCAAAUACAAUUUUUAUAAGCAUUCAGAAAAGUCAUGUAUAUUAAUUUUUUUAGCACAAAAUACCACCACAGAAUAAAAAAGUCAAUAUGUAGUGGUUGUUAAUCAUUAUUUUAACUUCCUCUUAUUCCAAAAAUGACUUGAAGCAUCCUAUAAUAUGUGUGUGCAACAAGGAAAAAAGGAAGCAAGUGAAGAAACUUUUUUAAAGGGAAAAAUAAUAAAAGCAAAAACAAGAUGAAGCCAGCGUUGAAGUUUACAUAUAAAAUGCAAAGCUAGAGCUCUGCACCCUUGCUAGAGGAGAGUCUUCAAAGUGGCUCUACGCUUCCUAACAGAGCAAGGAGGGAAAUGCAGUCUUUUGUGCAACUUCCAGGGAAUACUGGAAUAAGAGUUUUAAAAAAGAAGAGGAAAGAGAGCUUUUCAGAAAGAAGCAUAGCUUUCCUUGUUACUGAACCUUAAGAAAAUUUUUCUGUGGGUCGUCUUAGAACACUGGUACUGUUGUGACUAAUAUCCUCAACAUCCUUGCAGUACGUACAGAAGUACAUUUCCUAGAGCUGUUUCUUAAGGCAUCCAUGCUUAGAGCCAAAGCACAGGUUACAGGAAAAUAGUUCAGGGUGAGGGGGUACAAAAUAGGUAGGCUACUACAAAGAUAUCUUUAUCUCCAGGGAUACAUACCUUACAGGGAGGGGCAGGAAACACAGAAUGUGGCCUGAGUGCAGCGAGUCAAAGCCAAGGCCCGAGUCAGCCACCACAGUGCUUGGCACAGAAGGCUGCUUUGAAGUCUCUUACAGCAGCACUGUCAUGGGAUCUAGGCCUGCAGGGGGCCUGGAGGCAGGAGAAUUAGCCAGAUGGAAGGGGCCGCUUUUAAGUCCCACCCCAUGGGAUUUAAACCCUUCUGGGUUCUGGCUUAUUUCGGAAUUGUCUGUAACAGAUUGGGUCUCCCAGUGCCAUAUCCUUUUAAAUAUGCACAAAGCAAUGGAGUCAUUCCACUGCAUUUAUGAUACUUUGUCUUGUGAUACUUUAAGGGCACAAUUAGCAUCGUAUGCUUCUUACUGGUGUUUAUGGUUUUAAAUCCUGUUGUUGUUGUUGCAUUUAAAUAUUUUUCAUAUGGGUCUCUGUGUGAGUAUGUGUGUCAGGGUUAGAUCGAUAGAUGAAUGGUUUUGAACAGGUAAAUAUAGUUAAGUCUAACGAGUAUGUCUAGCUGCAAAGGUAAUUGGUAGUAUUUAUUUGGAGAGUAAAUGGUUGCUUCAAGUCAUAAUCCUCCAUUUCGAACAUUUAGAAACAAAAAAUGACCUCCGUGCAGGGGAAGAUAGCUAAAUUGAAUCGCAAGAAAGGACAGGCUUGAAAUACUGGUUAACCAAUGAACCGAGACCCAUUAGAGUAAAUUACUGAGUAUGGAAACAUAGCCCCACUGCUUGCUGGCUAGGGCACGUCGACACUCUGAGCAUCCGUUUGUUUAAAAGGAAACACACAGCCUCAUUUACAGCAUCGGCACGCACAGAGCGAUGGGAGAAGAGAUGACCGGAGAAAAGAAGAGUGCGGAGGCUGUUCUGCCAGAGAGGGAACAACGGAAAAACUAAAAUAAUUUUGUGGAUAUUCCUGCUUUCCAACAAGUGAGUUUAUUUUCCGAUUGCAUGCCCACGUAGAGACAGCCUGUGUUGUGUUCCUAAAGAGACAUCCUUGAAUAACUUCUUAAGAAACCCCAAAUAAAUAAACAAACAGAUCACAAAGCCACAAAUGCUUUACCACUGGCAUUUACCCCGACAGCUCCCAGAGCAUUUUAAAAAUCCAGAAAGAGACAGGGAAUAGCAGAUCCCUCCAGCAAGUAAUUGACAGAGAGAGAAUAGCCUGUCACCCGGGAGAGCUGGAAGCCCUGCAAUUCAGUUACAGUUUGUUUAGCUUUACUGGGCCCCGAUUGGCUGGCAGUUUUCUAGAGCUCCCUUUGAGCAGAUGUUGUCUAGACAGAGCUGGUGAGGACAUACUCUGUAAUGUUUGCUUCUGCAGCAGAGGGGUUUCUUCUUGGUUUUGCCAUAUUUGAGGGAGUGGCUAUGAUCUAGCGCCCUUGACUGAAAACUGCUCUGGACUGUCAGAGCUAGAAGGUAUCGUAGCACUGAUCUGAUCCGCCGCGCUAUUUACAGAGAAGCAGCCUGCCUUGCCCCACCUCAGGAAUCCUUCCCCAGUGCCACUCCACACGUGACUUCUAGGGUGGCCCUCACCACCUUCCUCACCAGACAGGGAGCCCUGAGGCCAGAGCCUUUGUCCGUCCAUCUCUGUGUCCCGUGCAGCUCGCACAGUGCCUGGACUGGACCAGGUGCUGAUAAAUGUUUGAUGAACCACGAAGAGAUAAGACCCAAACCUCGCCGACCAGACUCUAGUAGCACAGUUCCUACUUCCCUGUUCCCACCUCCUCGCCUUGGUGAGCACCCCAAUAUUGAUCGUAAAGGAAUGAGCCGCUUCUGAUGGUUUGGCAUCUGGAGUUUAUUAAGUACUUACUGAUACCUGUCAAUCGUAGAUAGGGCUGAAGUGCAGGGAAAUGGCUGCCUGCAUGGAGUGAAAUUCAAUAAAACCGCAUUUUAAGUGAAAAAUCAGUAUAAACACCAGGCUUCUUUGCCAUGGAAACAGAGGUUGCUUAGAAACUGCCUAACAGCGAGUUCUAAAUUUUUUAAAGUCAAGUUAUCAUUUAAGCUACAUGGCCCUACAGGUUAUUGAGAGAUAAUCACUCGCCUCAGGACACUCAGAGGCACGAGGCACAGCUGAGUGCCUCCCGAUACUCUGGGGACCAGAUAAUCUCUUGAUAACUGUGCUCCCUGGAGCCACUGAUUUGGGCCUGGGGGAAGGAGAAAGAAAUUUUUGUUCUGGAGUUAAAUGGUGUACAUAUAUAUUUUUUUUUAAGUGUUUCUCUUUGGGCUUGAAAAAAGAUGGAACUGGCCAUUUGGCAUGUUCAACAGCCAUCUCUGCCGUGCCUCAAGAUGUAUUCGGAACAUUGUCCAGGCAGUUACCCCAGUUACUUCAAAGCAGAGGUCCUGUCUUUGCCUUCUGGCUUUGGAUUAUGCAAAGGCGGCUUUCAACAGAUGUAAGCUUCCAGCUCUUCACUCUCUGGGGGUGCCUCUUCCCGGCUCAGGCGGGGCAGGAACUGGCCCCAGGACAAAGAAGUAGCAGAGUUUGGAACAAAGCCUGGCUGCUGAAUGUUCAGACCAGACCUCCUGGGCCUCAGGCUCAGCUCCUGGGGGCUUAAAACCAACAAGGGUCCAGGUUCAGAAUUUGUCAGUGUUUAGAGUUCAGUGGGCCUCACGCCUCUCACCGAGGGAGAGCGCAGCUCCGCCUGCCAGCCAUCUGGUUGCAUGGCAUGGUAUUUGGUCCCCACUUCAGGCGUGCGGAGUGCAAAGUAUAUUGCAUUCGUUUCCUCCUGAAAAUAAUGGGUGAAAUUAGAACGCCAUUGGCUGAGAAUUGGAACCCCCACCAAGUCAGUGUGGAGGGAAUUAUGAGUGAGAUAAAAGACAAAUGUUUUGCCCUUUUUGGAGCGUCUGAGAAUUAUCCAUGGCAUGGCAGUGCUGCUAGGGUUGGUAAUGAUAAUCAUGCCUUAGAAACACACACACUCAUGCUCUCUCUCUGGAAGGAACAGUGUUUUCAUUAUACACUUCCAAGUGUUUUCCUGCACCUCGUCUCCUCAGAACAAACCUGUGAGGAGGAUGGCCCGGGUGUGAUCAUCUUCCUUUGGAAAAAGCGGAAACAGGUUCGCAAGGCAAAAUAAUUGAGCCAAGCCACAGAAGCGGGAGAAGGAACUUGCAUUGCCACCUGCCAUUCCGUGGCGUCUGCCCCUUUAAGAGCAAAGAAAUGAGACCCAAAACAAUCCUUCCAAGAGUCUGGCUCUUGCUUAAUAAAAGAAGGUGAACUUUGCACACGUUUUUCCUUUGCUUCCCUGUUAGCAUUUUAUUUGGAGAUCUUGCAGGGCAAAGAGGGUGACUCCUUUCCUUUUCCUUUCCUGCCAACCAAUACGACUUCUGCAUUUAGCGUGUUAAGAAGGGCUCAGAAAAUGAACAUUGCGGCGUUUUCAUGCUGUGUAAGUCAGUGCACGGCUCUGACUGUGCUGGGCCGUGGCACCACUUUGCCGGGUGUUGCCCAGAUAAAAAUAUUCCUUGAAGCUGGGAGGCCGCCAUGCUGUAGCUCAAGAUUGUUCCAGCUCUUGAAAGAGAAAAAUAAUCGAAUGAAACCAUUUGCAUUCUAACAGUCUUUGGCACCAGGGAAAACUGUCAACUGUGUCACGUGUAAAUAGAAAUCUGCUUCCCAUUUUUGGUGUGUUUUUUCAUAAUUUCCCUUGCCACUCUAAUUAUCAAAGAUAUUUUUGUUUUUAAACAAAAAUUGUCUCCCACGCAGGCCCCAUCUCCUUUCUGCGGUGAAGUGGAAACAACGAAUUAGAAUAUUCUAAUCACUUCUCCAGCAACCACCGUGGAGGUUAUAAACACAAGAUUAUCCUAAGCAGAGAAAACUUAAAUUGUUUAGGCACAGAACAGGCCAGGGAAAAUUUCUGAGUGUCCCCUGCCUUCCCUCCCCACUGCCAGCCUGCCUCCCUUGCCUCCUUAGCACACGUCUGUUAAACCUAAGGAAGAUGGCAACACUGGCUUUACUGAGUUAGACCCAAAUUCCCUGAGGGUAUAGGUUUUUCAGAUGAAUGAAAUUAAAAACCAAAAUUUAGUUCAAUUCAGCAAGCAUUUAAGUUCCUAUUUAAUGUGCAACAGUAUACGAGAGGCUCCUAAGAAUAAUAGUAAGGAAUAAAAUGUGAUUCAUCAAAUAGAUACUGUAUACUGUUAGUUGGUAAGUAAGGAUCAGAUACGCGCUAGAUUCUGUAUAGGGCUUGUUUUGUGUUUUAAACCUCAGCAAGGGCCCUGACACUGUGGCUCAUGCUUAUAAUGCCAGCACUCUGGGAGGUCCAGGCAGGAGGAUUGCUUGAGACCAGGAGUUUGAGACC